AUGGCGAACACUACUACCGCCUCGCCCCCUCAUCAGGUUCAAGAGCAUAUCAAUGGUGAUAUAAACGGCCGCCCACCACUAGCGAAUAGAGGAACUUCAAAAUCGUCCCUGAAGAACACUCCAUCUACCCUGCAACAGCACAUCGCGUUCUUCGACCGCGACAAUGACGGAGUCAUCUGGCCGCUAGACGUAUACAACGGGUUUCGCGAUCUAGGAUUCUGCAUCCUCUUCUCCCUGGGCUCCCUCCUCAUCCCCAUCUUCUUCUCCUAUCCCACGCGGCUAGGCCACUCAUGGAUCCCCGACCCGUUCCUGCGCAUCUACGUCAAUGACAUCCAUAAGGCGAAGCAUGGCUCCGACUCAGGCGUCUACGACUUCGACGGGAACUUUAGUCCGGAACGGUUCGACCGGAUGUUCACGCGCUUCGACACGUCUGGCACCGGCGGGCUCGACGUAGACGAUCUGAGGUUGCUGCUGAGUAAGGACCGGUGCGCGGCUGAUCCGGCGGGCUGGAGCUUUGCGUUCAUGGAGGUCUGGACGACGUGGCUUUUGCUGCAGGAGGACGGUCGGGUCUGGAAGGAUGAUCUGAGAGCGUGUUAUGAGGGCACGCUGUUCUGGAAGAUAAGCGAGGAGAGGGCUAAAGGGGAUGGUUGGCAGAAAGGCUAUGGGAUUCACGACUUUGUGCAGAGCUUGUGGCUUCAUGGGACUUGGAAGAGUUGGGAAACACAGACUAAGCAAGCUACCUAG